AUAAUCAGAUACUUACGGAUGAGGCGAGUUCCUAUAGACCGAAAAUUAUCUCCCCCUCUCCCACGCUCUCUCCACUCGCCGGAGCUGCUUCGCCCGCAUCGACCUAUCUCAAGCCUAACCCCAAACCCCACCCUCAUCUCCGCAGACAUCAAAAUCAACGGCCAUGAGCGUCCGACUCGCUCCUCCUCCCCUCGCCAGCGUUCGAACCCCGCCGCAGGAGCCUCCCAACCACCCACUCGUUCUCCCCAAACCCAUCACCGUUUCCAGGCUUCACAAUAGCAGAUUCCCACAACAUUUUGUCUGUAAAGCAAGGAUGGUUGCAGAUGAGUUUGGAGUAGCUAGCGCUCGAGGAUUUGCAGCGAUACCCUCAAGCUUGCUGGCUGCGGAGAGAGAGGAGGCGAAAGCCGUGCUAUCUUUGUUCUUGAGAAAACAGGGUUUGAGCAAUGCAGUCGCGGCGAGGACUAUCAACAAAUCCGAUUGCUUCAUUGACCACCUCAUCUCCAUGCUCCACACGAAACAUAAAUCUCGAUAUCUAGUAGGAAGAGAGCUUACCACUCUCGAAAUCAGAGGCGCACUCGUUCCAUACUUAGAAGUCCUUCUAGAAGAACACGGAGACAUGCUAGUGGACGUCGUAGAGAACUACCCUAACCCUCCGGGAACCGAAAGAUCUAUUCCUUCUCCUACUAUAAUUAUAUCCGACCCAACCUCGAGGAAGGAAAGAGCGAUUACUCGUGUUAGCCAAAGAAACUCUCAAGGUGUCCUCCCCGCACAAGUGCUCUACCUAAUGGACCUCGGCAUGGACCUCGACCAGAUCAAAACCAUCGCCCGCAAAUUCCCGGCAUUUGCUUACUACAGUUUGGACCGUAAAAUAAAGCCCGUGGUGGAGCUUCUACUCGAUCUUGGCGUGCCGCAAUCUGAUAUCCCCACUAUCCUCAACAAAAGGCCUCAGCUUUGCGGAAUCAGCUUCUCCGAGAAUCUGAAGCCUAUGAUGGCUUAUUUAGAGAGCUUGGGUGUGGACAAGAGCCAGUGGGCCAAAGUCAUAUACCGGUUCCCCGCAUUGCUUACCUACAGCAGACAGAAAGUGAAGGCGACUUUGGAUUACCUUGCCGAAUUGGGUGUUCCGGAGAAGAAUAUAGGAAAGAUUUUAACGCGCUGCCCCCAUAUUAUAAGUUACAGCGUGGAUGACAAUCUUAAGCCAACGGCCGAAUACUUUCGGUCUUUGGGUGUCAAUGUAGCCUCUCUUAUACAGAAAUGCCCGCAAACAUUCGGACUAAGUAUCGAGGCGAGCUUGAAGCCAAUUACCGAGUUUUUCCUCGGGAGGGGUUAUAGCAUAGAGGAAGUGGGUACUAUGGUUCAUAGGUAUGGAGCUCUUUACACUUUUAGUUUGGCGGAUAACUUGAAACCGAAAUGGGCGUUCUUCUUAACGAUGGAGUAUCCGAGGUCGGAGCUCGUUAAAUUUCCCCAUUAUUUUGGAUACAGUUUAGCAGAGAGGAUAAAGCCCCGAUAUAGUCGUAUGAGAGAGUGCGGGGUGAGGCUGGUGCUGAACCAGGUAUUGUCCGUCUCGGAUAGUAAGUUCGAGAGCGCGUUAGAGAAGAAGAUGGAUAAACUGUUGAAGAAAUGAUCACGAACUCUAUUGGAUACGGAUGUGUGCAUAAAGAGGAGGUUUUCAUAGCAAAAUAUGUGGCAUUUCGACUAGAACUCGACAAUGUUGUAAUUUUGAAGUGCAUGUAAAGAAGGUGAAAGCCGAAACGAAGAAGAUCAGGAAGAUGUUGUUAAUUCUUGCACCAGGCUAGGUUGGAAUAGCCCAUGUCUAUUGUAAAAUGUUUAUAUGGGCUAUUAACUUGUGUAAUGGUUAAAUUAUUCAUGUAGAGAUGAAAAGAACUAAAUCAGUUACUGAUCUUCUCUAGUUUGUAGACAUCUUCUUGCU